AUGAAAACUAUGGUUAAUUCAAAUCAACCUUUGAUAUCAAACAAUUUUGUCGCGUGUUAUCCUGAUUAUUUUGUUAUAUUUUUAUAUUAUUUUCCAUUUGGGAAAAAGAAAAUAUAUUAUAAUAAAAUUCGUUCAUGUGAAUUACAUUCAACAGAUGAUCUUGACUUUUUCGAACAAAAGUUAUGGGGAAUGGCUCUUUCACCUGUUUGGUGGCAUUGUGAUAUGAAACGUCUUAUGCGAAAAAAUUAUAUUUUAUUGGAUGCAAAUCAAUGGCCUCUCAUUGGUAUAACAAUGGAUGAUAAGGAUAUUAUUGAUAUUUAUAAUUUUAUUCGGCAAAAAAUCUAUUUCAAUCAAUCAAAUUUCGCCAAUGAAAAGUUAAUUUAUAAUUCGUCAAAAACCACGUCUGAAAAAGAAAUUGAAGAUAAAAAAUCUGCUGAAAACCUUAAAAAUAAACAAAUUUUUAGAGACAAAUUAGAUCAAUGA